ACAGCUGACGAUUCUAACCUAAAAAUUUUCACGUGGUUCUUAAGCACGUUUAUUAAAAACAAGAACCAAAUUUGCUAAAUAAAUAGUUUUUGUUGUAUUUAGGAAGUGAAUAAGUGCAUUUUGUGAUUUUAAAAUAGUUGAAACAAAAUGUAAGAACAUUUUGUAUUUAAAAGUUGUGUUAAAAACAGAAAUAAACAAUACUGUUGAUAGUUGUUGACAGUAGAGUGACAAAAACAAAGUGCAUUUCUAUAUUAGAAAUAAAACAAGAAAAUAAAGAAAAAUGAGUCUCUUCGUCAUUAACAGAUAUUUAGGAGAAGACAAUGAGCAGCCGGUAGUUUCAGAGGAAAAUCAUCUUGAAGCUCUAAAAAAGAGAAUCAAAGAACAAAAGAGAGAAAAGAAAAUUGUAACUUCUGAAAUUCCUCCCAAUGAAUCUGAAGAAACAGAAAGGACUUCAAAGAAAAAGAAAAAAAAGAAGAAGAAUAAAAAUGAUUCUGAACUGAAUGGUUCCUUAACUUAUGAUGAAACAAAUAAAUUUUCAAAUGAAGUUUCUAAAAAGAAGAAAUCUAGUCAAGAUUCUUUAAUGGAAAUCGAAAAGGAAGAUAUUUCCCCAGAGUUAAAUAAUCUACACUUGAACGAAUUAGAUGAAAAUAAUUUAAAAAUGGAACAAGACGAUUCAGCAAGUGAAGAAAAAAAUGACAGAACAGAAAUUCAAUUGUCAAAAACAGCAAUCAAGAAAAAGAAAAAGAAGCAAAAAAAUAAAAAUAUCUCCAACGAAGAAUUAACUGAUUUAAAUGCAAAAAAUGAUAAAUCGGAUGUUAAUUUAGAUUUUACUAUUUUAAAUGCAGGAAAGCAGACGAAAGGUGAAACUGUGAGGAGAGUUUUGCCUGAAUGGUUAUCGAAUCCAGAAGUUGUUUCAUCUAAUUUAAAUAGCGGUCCCUCCUUGGAUGAAAUAGCCGAAAAUGGACAAUUGGAUUUAAAGAUAAUCGAAAAUCUCAGGAGUCAAGGAUUCACGAAACUUUUUCCAGUACAAGUUCGAUUAUUGUCUUGGCUAUUGCAAUGCAAUGAAAAUAGAAAGAAAGGAUUCUGGUCAAGAGACACUUGUGUUUCUGCCCCCACAGGAAGUGGUAAAACAUUGGCUUACGUUUUGCCGAUAGUGGAAAUAUUAAGGACACGAUUCAUAAGAAAAAUUCGCUGUCUAAUUGUAUUGCCUGUGCAAGAAUUAGCAUUACAGGUGUUUAAAGUCAUUGAAAAGUAUGUGAAUAAUUUAUCAUUCGAACACACACGCUUAAAAGUUGGUUUAGUUUCUGGAGCUGCUUCUUUUGAAAAAGAACAGGAAGCACUAAUUUCUAGAGAUAGCAAAGGCAACUUUACCAGUAGAAUUGAUAUUCUAGUCGCGACACCCCGACGAUUAAUAGACCACAUUCACAAAACUUCUGGAUUUUCCUUGAAUGAUUUACAAUUUUUAGUAAUUGAUGAAGCUGAUAGGGAAACUUUUGAUUGGCUUCAACAACUUCCAGCUCCUCAUUCUAAAGCUCCAACUCUCACACUUAAUAAUAUGCUGAAUAAUCCGAUUCCAGCGCAAAAAUUACUCUUCAGUGCAACAUUGUCGCAGGAUCCUGAGAAAUUAAGUAGAUUAGGAUUGUUUCAUCCCAUUUUAUAUACGACAGCAGUGGUGAAAAGUCGAGACGACGAUGUGAAUUUAGAUAAGGAAUUUGUCAAUAAUGAAAAAGAAGAAGGUGAUGUUGGACGUUUCACGAGUCCAAAUGAAUUAACGAUAAAGGCAAUUCAAUGUGAAGAGGAAUUUAAACCAGUUGCUGUUUAUCAUCUUUUGAAAAAAAUUGAUCACAAACUUGAGAAAUCGCUUAUAUUCACAAAUUCCUGUAAUGCAGCGCAUCGUCUCACGCUACUUUUAAAAUCAAUCUUAAGCGAGAAGAAUUUAUCAAUUGCCGAAUUAUCCGGUCAAAUGACAUCGAAAAAUAGAGAGCAAGCUUAUCAAAAAUUCCUCAGGGGAGAAACACGAAUAUUAAUUUGUUCGGACGUUUUGGCUCGUGGUGUUGACAUUCCUGGAAUUAAAUUAGUCAUUUCGUACGAUCCACCAAAGCACAUGAGGGCUUUUAUUCACAGAGCGGGUAGAACCGGUCGAGCUGGAAUUCCAGGCACUGCUGUUUUUCUUUUAAUACCGAGGCAAAUUUCAAUGUUUAAAAAAUUAUUCACAUCAGCGAAAAGAACAAUACCGAAAAUCAAAGAAAAAGAUUUUACAUCCUUAGCUGAGAAAGUUAAUUACAAUAGUCAUAUAGAAAAUUUGAAAGAUUCUUUAGAAAAAGAACGAAACAAAAAUGGAGAAAAGCGAAGAUCUAUGAAAAAAUUGGAAGAAAAAAAGAAAUAAAAAGGAAGAAAUUAAAAUUGAAUAUUUUGAAAAAAGUGUAUAUAUAUUUUUGUAUAAAAAUUUUUUUUACCUGAGAUUUUUUUUAUUAAGUGAAGAAGGAUUGUGCGGAAAAUUUAUAAGGAUUCUGGAGGGAAAAAAUUUAGAUAAUUGUUGGUUUAACAUCGAUAAUAACAUUUUAUUGUCUGGAGUUAAUAUAGUACACUGCCUUCCACUUCAUAAAACAUUUUUUUUUUAUUUUUCAUUAAUUUUUUUUUACCCUUCAACGAGAAAUUGUGCGUUCGUUUUGACAAUUUCCAAGAAUAAUUAUUCGCAAUCAUUGCAAUUUAUAAUAAAUAUUUCUUUUCAUUAACGAA